AUGGAUGACUAUCGAACGAAAACGAUCUAUAGUUAUACUGAUCUAAGCAGUGUAGCUCGAUCGGAUGUGCCGACUGAUCCAUUAUCUAUCUUGUUGGAAGCCCGCUUUGAACCGUGUCAAGUGUGUGGGGAACAAUCAUCUGGUCUGCAUUGCGGCGCGAUUACUUGCGAAGCAUGCAAGAAAUUUUUCCUUCGAUCGAUUAAUGGCGAAGAUCUGAAGUAUAAAUGUGUGAGAAGCAAAGAUUGUGUAAUAACAAGGAAUACUCGUACGCAAUGUCAAUACUGUCGAUUUGAAAAAUGUAAAUUUGUCGGAAUGACAGUGAAAGAAGUUUCAGAAGUACAACAAACUCCACGUGUUGCUGAUAUCUUCGCUCAAAUUUCUUGUUAUGUUUGUCAAGCAUCGUCGAGUGGUAUUCAUUUCGGAGCGAUUACUUGCGAAGGAUGUAAAGGAUUUUUCCGAAGAAGUAUUAAAGAAAGAGCACCAAGCCGUUAUAAAUGUAUGGACAAUGGCACAUGCGAAAUCAGUGCGUCAACAAGAAAUGGCUGUCGUUAUUGUCGUUUCCAACGAUGCAUUAAAGUCGGGAUGUCUGUCGAAGGAAGUCGAAUCGGACGGCAGAGUAAUCUGUUUAAGCAUCACAUGCGAAUGAUGCUUCAAAGAAACGAACACAUUUCGCACACAUCGAUGCUUCAUCUGACGACACCGUCAACAAGACGAAAUAAAAGAUCGACUACGAAACGGACCGUUAGUGGAUCGAGCAGUUCAGAAGAUGAACUAACACAAUCUACAUCGACUGUCGUCGACUACGAAGACCAACUGGAUCGUCAAAGCAAAGAUUUAAUAUCUGCUAUUCAUAAAGCAUACAAAGAAACUCUCGAAAAUUUUCCCGAGUGUUCACAUCAGAGUACACCUUGGCUAUCCUGUAUGAACCAAUUUAAAAACUAUGCCAACCGUUCAGUCAAAUUUGCAACAUGUAUCCCUGGUUUCAUGAAUUUACAAAACGUGACUGAUCAAGUCCAAUUGAUAAAAUCCAGUAUUCAUAGUCUAAUUAUACUUUGUUCACACCGAAUGCUUAAAUCUUCCUCAUGGAACUACUUCAAUGUUACGGAAACCAAAUUGCAUGAUGCAUUUCAAAAUUUCUUUCCGUUUAUCGAAAACAUUCGUUUUGAUGUUGAAAAGGUUCACAUGUGUAUCUCAGCAUUAAAACUCGACGAGAAAGAAUUCACUCUAUUCCUUUCCUUAUUAAUCAUUUCAACUAGUAAUAUUUAUCUAUCGGAAUUUCUCUUAAUCGAUUCUACUCAAACCGAAUUAACUUGUGCAUUAUGCGAUUACAUGGAUCGCAAACGUGGAGGGAAAAAUCGUGACUUUUACACACUGAUGUUUUUAUUACCAACGUUGAGAAAAUUAAAUACUAUUAUACAAGAACAAAUUAAAAAUCAAAUACCGAAAAAUAUUACCUAUCCAGCAUUUUUUUCUCGAGUUUAUCUCAACGAACAUGACACAAAUUCGUACGAUCAUCAAUCAGCUAACAUUAUUGAUGAAUGA